CAGAGGCAGUGAGAGAGCCGUCUCCACGAGCAGCCAAAGCCUGUCCAUAAACUCCAGCCUCUUCCUCCCUCCAUCUGGCAGGAGGGACACAGAGAGAGAGAGAGGGAGAGGGGGACCAGAGUGCGCGUGUAUCCACAGGGUUUCAAAUCGGAGGCAAAGGCAGCAUCCCUCCCUCAGUCAGAGACUGUCGUCACGGCGACAGGAGGUGUCUGUUCCACAGCAGCAUCACCGGAGAGACGGAAUGCGAAGCAGAAUCGGAAGCUAGCGGUCGCCGCAGCAACAAGAGCAUCCGAGGAGUUCCACGCAGGAGCGGAGAAGCCAAGGCUGCUGGGGGCUCCAAAAGAAAGGGGAACCGGGGGCCAAUCUUUCAUCCACCACCUCCACCCUCACUCCUCCUCCGCUGAAGGACAGCUCUGAAUGAACCCUCCUUCUGACGGUGGGCGAGUGUGGCUGGACGGACAAGUGAAAGGAAAGACAUAAAAGAGUGGGAUCUUGUGUGGGAAAGGGAGAGAGGAAGACGCCGCGUGACAGUCAAUUGACGGUGACUGACGCGAUGACAAAACGGACAGGAUGAUCCGAGCUCAGCCGAGCCGAAAACUGUAUUCCCGCUGCUCCUCGGGAGGGAGGAAAGGCAAACCUGCACGCACUUUCUACCACUAACCAGGGGAGAGGUGAGAGCGAGAAAGAGUGCGAGAGAUGAAGAGUAUUUCCACGGGGGCCGGUGAGAUUGAAUUUGGUGAGCGUGUUCAUUUGUAUCUGCUCUUCUUGGUCUCUCUUUGCUGUGUGUAAUUGAUUUUAUGUAGUAAACUGAAGCUUGAACACGAGAAAAUCAAGAUGUGUGUUUGAGAGACUAGAAAGUGAGGGAGAGAAAAAAAUGACAGGAGACGUUACCAGAUAAACAGAGAAAUUGCUCUCCUUCCUGUCUUUCCAGGUGUUGUGACAAAUUGUCUCCUGCCAAUUUCGGUAGCAGCAGCAGCAGAGGUUUGAAGGGUCAAGCUCUCCUGUUUCAUUCUCUUCCAAUCCUCCUGGAGGGCAAAAGACAUGGAAUUUACCUCCUCUGAUGAUUUUUUGAAGAACACAGCGCUAUUCAAAAAGGGCAUCAAAGGGAACUAGAUCUCUAUCCGUCUACCAAACGGGUGAGAAAUGUUUCUCUGACCCGGAGGAAAGGAUGCACCAUUUCGUCUGACACCCCGUGGGAGAUUACGUGUGAAGCAUCAUCACAACACUUCUUAUCCAGUUGAAGGAAAAGGAAAGUUGGAAUAUUUCAUCUUUUGGUUUUGGUACUUCAAACACAAGCAAAAAGACUCUUUUUUAGUCAUUCUCUGAAAGAAAUGCAACUUUGGGAGUUUCCUUUUUCUUCCUAGAUUGGAUUUUAUAAGAGUUCGCAGUGGGCAACAUGAGGAUCAGUCGCUGAACACAAGCCAUGUCUUCAUGGAAAAGAAGAAUUCUGCAUCAUAGACAGCAGCUUUCCAUCCAAGGACUCGCAUAUGCACACUAAACACAAAUGAACCACUCUUUGUUUCUUCAUCCUGGAGUGUGUAUUUCUCGGAUAUAACGUCCUUCAAUGAUUCCGGCACCUUCCGUUCCAUCCGCGUCUGUCCCCCGAGCCCCGAGAUGCCCCGCGGUACACAGCAAGACGAGGCUUGACCCCAGACCCAGCGAGGUCUCUCGGCUGCCCAGGCGUAUUUAAGAUGUUGAACCCUUCCCGUGUGGCCCGAGCCCCAGAUCGGAUCAGUAGCACUGCGGCUCCCGGAGGCCCCAGACAUGGAUCGUGGCUCGGCUCGCCCCUGCCCUCAGCGCUCCGCACCCCGGCCCGUGAGCAGCCUGUGAAGGAUGUCCCAGAGCGGAGCUCCAGCCCGGGAACCCUCUGAGACCCCCAGUCAGAGAGAACAGAUCCGCAGCCACAUGAAGAUGGUGAUCGAGCAGCUGGAAGGAAUCCUCAAGGAGUUGAAAGAUGUGGCACAUGAACUGCGGGAGGUGGUGGGUCAGAUCGACAAACUCACAUCUGAUUUCGACUUCGACCUGGAGCCGGACGACUGGACGGUGGCGACGGCGAGCAGCACUUCGAGCAGCGAGCGUGGCCUGGGUGAGGCCUUCAGAUUGGACUUCCUCGGCCAGGACAUGCUCUCGGACAGCUGGGACUUCUGCAACUUCUUGGAGGCGUCCAACGCAGCGAACCGGAAAGCACACAGGGAGGAGACGGACGAGGGCCAGGGGAGGCCGUCAUCGUCCACGCCUACGCCCGCCACCGCCAGCGUCUACUCGCAGAUGAACGGGGGUCUCCCCGUCCCCAACGGACCUUUAAUCAUCACGCCGGACUCCUCCAGCGAAGAGGCGUCCAGCUCCACGCACAGCCAGAAAACCUCCCGCACGUCCGGGACCAGAGAGCGGGUCCGCUUCAGCGACAAGAUCCUCUACCACGCCUUGUGCUGCGACGACGACGAAGACGAGGUGGACGACGGCGGCGAGGAGGACGAUAAAGGCGACUGCGGGACCCCGGACACGGACAGUGAGCCCAGUCCGCUGGCUUGUUCGCCGAUCCCGCCGCUGUCCUCCUCCGAUCACCCGCCGGGACUCUACAACUGUCGGGAAACGGCGUCCGCGGACCCCUCGCCCGUGAAGGUGCCGGUGACGGGCUCUCACACACUACCCAGGAAAGGUCUUCUCAACCCGGGCUGCCGGAAAAAACUGUUACGGAACAGCAGCACACAAACUGUUUCGGAUAAGAGCACUCAGACUGUCCUGCCAUACGUCCCCACCAAACAGAAAAGCAAGGACCUCUGAGAGAACGGACGACUUUGCAUAUACAAAACAAGAACUGAGACAGGAUUACAAAGAACUAUAUACUAUUUAAUAUUAAAUACAUAGAUAAUAGAUUAAAAAAAAAAACAAAAAAAAAAACAAUAAAUGAAUUACUAAAUAAAUUAUAUAUGGGAAAA